AUGGAGAAGAUCGGUGUGGAGCUGGACCGACUUCAAUCACUGGGCAUCAUCACGCCUGUCGAUUUCUCGCAGUGGGCGGCUCCGAUCGUCGUAGUGAAGAAGCCGGGAGGAAAAGUACGAAUCUGUUACUCAACUGGACUGAACGCUUUCCUGGAGCCCAACCAUUACCCGCUACCGGUCCCUGAUGACAUCUUUACCAAGCUCAAUGGGUGCCGGUAUUUCAGCGUCAUCGACCUGAGUGACGCCUAUCUUCAAGUGGAAGUUGACGACGACUCGAAGCAGCUGCUCACAAUCAACACGCAUCGAGGUCUCUUCCGCUUCAACCGGCUCGCACCAGGAGUAAAAUCCGCUCCCGGGGCCUUCCAGCAGUUGAUGAACAGCAUGGUUGCCGAUCUCGAAGGAGUGGACACGUUUCUGGACGACAUCUUCGUGGCCAGCAAAACCGAAGAGGAGCACCACAAGAUGCUCAACGCACUGUUUCAACGCCUUCAGGUCUACGGUUUCGUUCUGAGGGAAGAAAAGUGCAACAUUCUGCAGCCGGAGGUAAAGUAUUUGGCGCACAUCGUAGACGAGAACGGUCUCCGUCCAGACCCAUCCAAGGUGGAAGCCAUUGUCAAGAUGCCACCGCCCAAAGAUGUCACAACUCUACGCUCGUUCCUUGGUGCCCUGAAUUUCUACGCGUAG